AAGCGCGCGUCACCCCGCGCGCGCGGAGGCGGCGGUGGCGGGCCCCGGCGGGGCCAUGCCGGGCAGGAAGUCGUCGAAGGAGAAGAAGCGGCGGCGGUCGCGGUCGUGCUGCCCGGAGGGAGCCCCGGGGCCCGGCGGCGGCGAGAGGAAGCGGCGGAGCACCGCGCCCAGCCAGGCUGCCGCGGAGGAAGCAAAAUGUGUUGUGCCAUCUGGAGAAAAAGUGGAAGAAGCUGAACAACCCAGUGAUAUAGAAGAAGGAGGCUUAGACCUCAGUGUGUCACUCAAACCUGUCAGUUUCUACAUCACGGACAAAAAAGAAAUGCUUCAGCAGUGUUUCUGUGUCAUAGGGGAGAAGAAACUACAGAAGAUGCUGCCCGAUAUUUUAAAGAACUGUUCCAUGGAUGAAAUCAAAAGGCUUUGCUUGGAGCAGUUGGAGCUGUUAUCUGAAAAAAAACUGUUGAAGAUAUUUGAAGGCAAGAUUGGAGCUGAUUCUGAUACUGACGAGGAGACAGAUGGAGGAGACAAGACUGGAGGUGAAUCAGUCAGUCAACAGGACAACAGUAUAGACUCUACUUCUUCUGUCAGAGAAGACAACAAGCUGGAAGGUCAGGAAUCAAAACAAGUCAAGGGAGAAGAUAGUGAUGUCCUCAGCAUAAAUGCAGAUGCAUAUGAUAGUGACAUAGAAGGCCCAUGCAAUGAAGAAGAUGGCCCAGAUGUGCAAGAAAACACUGUCAGAACUGGAGACAGUCAGAUCGAUGAUCUUCAGAAGGACAUUGAGAAAAGCGUGAAUGAGAUACUGGGGUUGGCAGAGUCCAGCCCAAAGGAACCCAAAGCAGCAGCCUUAGCUGUUCCUCCAUCAGAAGAUGUUCAGCCAUCAGCACAGCAGUUGGAGCUUCUGGAGCUUGAGAUGAGGGCCAGAGCUAUUAAGGCUCUAAUGAAAGCUGGUGAUGUGAAAAAACAGCCCUGAGAUUGUUUAGACUUAAUAUUCAGUGUUUGUUUUUAAGGAUGCGUUGUCUGUUCUCUUCAAUGCUAAAGUAUAUUUAGGUUGGGUAUGACAUUCCUCAUUCAAACCCUAUUGUAUAUCCUGACCUGUUGCUUCAACCACUGAUAGUGUGUUUCAUUGCCUUUAGUUUGCUGCUUCCAUUACAUAAACAGAGUGAUUUGAUGCUUCACUGAGAUCACGUGUUUUUGGGCUGGCUUAUCUCCUCAAGGGGUCACACAAUGUAUAGAGCUAUGCCAGGAACCUGGUGCCUUCCAGAAAGGUUCAAGUUCUUUGUAACCCCGACUUGUUAAACUACUUGAGAAACUUGAUUUAUAUGUACUUCAUUAAAAACAACAUUUUAAAGAGGUCGUGUGUUUGCCUUCAGGAGUCUGUGAUGGAAUUUGAGAUUGCAUAUUUCUCCUUUGGGCCCCGCUCAUCAUAAGGUAGCUGUUCUAGUUAAAAUGAAUGAUGAUUCACUUAAAAGCAUACUUAAUUUUUAGAAAGUUGAAUUCCUAAAUAAAAAGUUGAACCAUGUUAUUUUCAGAGUUACAAAAGUGCCUGAAAGUGACGAAUACCAGAGUUUUUAUACUGUUGAUCAUGUAAUUUUAUCGCUCUUAUCUGCUGUUUAUCUUCUCUGCCAUAAUUGAAAUAAAAAAAAACCCAGAGUUUUUUCUUGA